AUGAUGAAUGAAAGAAUAGAGCACAAGCUGGUUCGGGUUAUCCAGCUAUAUCAGCUGGUACGACUAAGAAAACUCUUACAUGAACCCUCCGGAGUGCUAGCAAUACAGGAAAGGAAUCCCAACUCGGUUCUGCUGGAGGACGCCGAAAACACCACUGCGAACCAGUGGAAAACGUUCCUCAAAGAUCACGACCUCAUUGUUGCCGACAACUGCGGCUGGAACGAAUUUGCCCACGUGUCUAGCUCUAUACCUGGCCUUGACAUCCAAACUUAUCAGCGAAUGGUGGAUGACGAAGACGACCCUGUUGCUCAGCAGCUUAUCGAGCAGGCCCAGGUGGUGGCUGCUGAGAACGACGGAUGCUUGAAUCCCGACAGCCUUAGUCAGUGCUAUCUUCAGGAUACUUUUCGUCAGGGAUUUUACAAAGGCAGAUUUCAUGCUCGACUUUGA